CUCGUUUCACAGGAAUACUGCGUACCAACGUAGAGGAGAAAAGUACGAAUUACGCGUUGAACUAAAUCUCUUCAUAUCAUCGUUAGAGAGGACUCACUAAACAAGGACCAAACAUUUUUGCUUUGAGUAAUUCACUUUGGAAACUAUCAACAACCUUCGUCAGCGGGGGGUUUUUAGUUGAAGAAAAAGAUGAUGAAAGUUUACCUCAUGUUGGUUUUGUCAGCGGUGGCUGUCUUCGCAGAAUCGGUAAGAGAAACGGAAACUUGGGUACCUCUAAAAAAUAAGUCGCACCAUGAGGAUCUCGAGUCGUCCGGUGACUCUCUGAACGGAGAUUUUGAGUUCACUGAAGUAAACCCCACAACUGAUGAUGAGGAUGGCUUUGAAGAUGAUGAUGAUGAUGAUGAUGAUUACGAUGACAUGUCAGGCUCUGGAGACACAGAGAUUGUGGACAUCGAUAACUCAAUCCCUAAUCCUGAGCGUCCAGUUCCCCCAAAGCCCACCACUGACGAUGAGGUUCUGAUCAAGGACAAUGAGGUUGUCUUGCGUAAAGUACCAAACCAAGACGAGUCUCAAACCAGUAAUGUGCUCAUGUCUCAUGCUGGAGAGGAGAGCUUCUUCAACAACACAGAGGUGCUUGCGGCGGUUAUUGCUGGUGCAGCUGUUGGUCUCGUCUUUGCCAUACUCCUCAUCGUUGUCCUCGUCCACUUCGUUCUCCGCAUUAAGAAAAAUGACGAAGGAAGUUUCGACCUCGGCAAGACGCCCAUCUACAAGAAAGCUCCCACCACAGAAAUCUAUGCAUGAGCAUACAUACAAACACACUUUCUCUCUCUCUCUCUCUCUCUCUCGAACUAUAAGCUCACACAGUGCCUCGGCCCUACGGGUCGCCGCCAACCUCUCACGUACCACGACAACACAGAAGGACCUCACAGGAAUAUUACUGACUGGACAUUUGCAUUGAAAUCUCAUAAGUCAUGAAAAGUGACUUGGAGAGGACAGUGUCUGUUUGCAAACUGCUCAAUUCAAAAGAUGACUUUGUCUUUUUGUUUUUGCUUCCUCUCAAUUUAUUGCCUUUUUCAUGUGGCCCAUUGCAUCCAUUUUUUUUUUUUUUUUUUUUUUUGUUUUGUUUUUUUUAAACACUACAAGGUACAAUGGAGCUUUCACAGGUUAAAGGCUUCAGAUCAUCAAUGGACAAUUUUAACCACCUAGAGAGGUGGUUACUGUAGCCUUUUUACAUUUAAAAUGUCUUUGUUUUUAAAUCUGUGUGCUGUAAAUCUUAUUAAACAUCAGAGAUGGAACCAAAUUUUGGGCAUACAAUAUAUCUUUAAAACUAAAUUCUUUUUGCUACGGAGAGCAACAUUUGAAAUCGAUGUGCUAUAAUAAUGUAUACCUAUUUCGAUCAUGGUGUUGGAGGAUAAUGUUCAUUCCACAUAUCCGUAUGUAAUAGCUGUGGUGGUUUUAUAAAAGUUCAUUCAGAGACUAGAUCCACUACAGUGCUGCUUGACUGUCAGCUAAGCUACUUUAUCUGGUACAGAUUUUGCUGUUUUGCCGUUGAUUGAAAAUCAACGUACCGCAAACUGGUAUUGAACAUCCAGGGAUCUGUGUGUAUAUAAAAUGUAAAACUUUGGUACUUAGCCAUAAGCCAUUUCUUGACAGCCUUUUUAUUUACCAAAUAUUUAAAUGCCAAAAUCAAUGUUUAUUUUCGUAUAAUUCAUCCCGGUAUUUGCUUUUUUUGGACACAUGUGAAACACAGUUGCGUAUGUAUCUAUUCGAGAACAAUGACCAAUGCUAGUACUAACUUUUUGUCUCUCUUCAGUGUUUUUAUUUUUUUGGUUUUAAUUUCACUGUCAUAUUUUAUUGCCUGCCUUCAGGUUGGGGCUUUCUCCCCCAUUUAGCUGUUGUACAUGUGAUCAUUUUUAUUUUAUGGUUUUGUUUUUCAAUUUAUUUUUUUAUACAUUGUAGUGCAAAAGUUCAAAGGCUGUUAGUCUUUCAACAGAUUUUUAAAGAGUUUCUAUUUCCUUUUAGACCUUUUUAAGCUGAAUCUAUUUAUGUUUUUUAGAAGGAUAUUCUGGAGUAGUUAAAUGGGAUGUGAAUAAGCCAUGUGUUGCUUGCAUGGUGAAAAAUAAUACAAAUCUGCUGCUUUGUUUGGUCACAUCCAGAUAAAAAUCACUGAUGUACUGGAGAAGUCAAUGAAUCAUUGAUUUCUACACGCAGGCUCUGAUCUGUUGAAAAUAAAGCUAUUUUAUGCACAUAACCAUC